AACUUGUCAAAGAAAUAGAGAAGCAAAAAUGGAAUACAACAUCAAGGGGUUAAUCUCAUUGUAUGACUAAUUUUUUGUUCUCAAGAGAGAGAAACUGGCAUCAACAGAGUACUACUACUCAAGAAAAAUGCAUACAUUUUUUCAGUUUUGAAUUUGGAGAGUCAGUCAUAGCAAUGGAGCUUCGAAAAACAGAGGAGAAACUCUCUGUAUCUUCAUCGUUAUCUUCUUCCUUGUCGUCAUCGUCGAGUUGUUCGUCGUCGUAUUGGUCUUCGAGGGGUGAGAAUCAUGAAGACAGAUCUUCGAAGAGAAGUCCGAGAAUGAGGUUUAUUGAUUUUCUUCGUGACAAGGAAUGGGAAUGGAAAUUGGCUGAGAAGCGGUUCGAUCAGCUCUGUUGGAUUUGUGCUGGUAAUGAACCCGCCAUCAAGUCCUCUAAUUUUCCCUUUUGCAUUGUAGGAAUGUCAGAAUCUCAGGAGUUUGCAUAUCAACUGUUGAGAGCACUGAGAAGAAGAAAGAAUUGGAAAAUAGAUAUCACUAAAAGUGAAUUUCAUAUCCUUUGGUGCCACUUCACUCAUUCCGAUGCAACAACAACUCUAUUUCACCUUUGUGAUAGGAACAUGGAUGGAAAAGUUACUGAGAAUGAUAUCAAACAGAUAAUAAUGUUAACUGCUUCUACCAAUAAGUUAUCCGUGACCCACGAAGAAGGAGAAGAUUAUGCUGCCUUAGUCAUGGAAGAGCUAGAUGAAGAAAAGCAGGGCUACCUUGAGCUACAUCAAUUUGAGAACCUCUUCAAGAUAAGCUCAUCAAACGUUCUCUCUCCUCUAAACAAACAAUCAUCAAAUAAACACAUUUGGCAAAGCCACGAUUCAUUUCAAGAGUCCAUAUAUGAGGCUGAAAUUUUGCUUAGAUCUCGAUGGAGACGAGCAUGGACGGUAGCAUUGUGGUUGAUCAUCUGCCUUGCAUUGUUCACCUGGAAAUUCAUUCAGUACCGCCAACGAAAGGCAUUCGAAGUCAUGGGUUACUGCCUCUCAAUUGCCAAGGGGGCAGCAGAGACUUUGAAAUUUAACAUGGCUCUAGUCUUGCUUCCUGUUUGUCGAAACACGAUUACAUGGCUUCGCAGAAAUUCAUCUCUCAACUCCGUCAUUCCUUUCAACGACAAUGUAAACUUCCACAAGUUAGUUGCAGGAGGCAUUGUAGCAGGAGUUAUACUUCAUGGAGGAACUCAUCUUGCUUGUGAUUUUCCAAGAAUUAGUGGUUGUGAGAAGUCAAUUUUUAAGAAAACUAUUGCUGCUCAGUUCAACUACCAUCAGCCAUCUUAUGUUGAAAUGUUGGCCACAACUGAGAGUUUAACAGGCAUUAUUAUGGUCAUAUUGAUGUUCAUUGCAUUUUUGCUCGCUACGAAAUGGCCGCGUCGCAAAUCGACCUCGCUUCCGAGGUCUAUUCAACAAGUCACAGGAUACAAUACCUUUUGGUAUUCUCACCAUUUGUUCAUAUUUGUCUAUGCAUUACUCAUUGUUCACUCCAUAUUCUUAUUCCUAACUGAUAAAACAACAGAGAAAACGACUUGGAUGUAUAUAGCAGUUCCAGUUUUAUUAUAUUCUGGAGAGAGGAUUUUUAGAGCAAUUAGAUCUUGUUUAUACGAAGUGAAUGUUUUGAAGGCAAGGACUUAUUCAGGAAAAGUUUUGUUUCUCAAACUGAGCAAACCAGAAAGAUUCAAAUAUCAAAGUGGGAUGUAUGUAUUAAUUCAAUGCCCUCAAAUCUCCCCAUUUGAAUGGCAUCCGUAUUCUUUAACUUCUGCACCACAAGAUAGCCACCUCAGUGUACAUAUCAGAAAUUUGGGAGAUUGGAGUUAUGAGCUCUACAGCCUGUUCCAUGAGGGAACAUUUCCUUCGAAGAAUUACCCCAAAAUAUUCAUUGAUGGGCCCUAUGGUGCUGCUUCUCAAGACCAUGUCAAGUACAACAAUGUGGUACUAAUUGGUCUAGGUAUUGGAGCCACACCAUUCAUGAGCAUCAUGAAAGACAUUGUAAUCAAGUUUACUGAAAAAUCGAAUCGUCGUGGAGACAGUGGAAAAGGCAACCAAAGUACAUCAAAAACCUAUCUUUAUUGGGUUACAAGAGAACAAAGCUCCUUUGAUUGGUUUAAAGAUUUCAUGAAUGAUUUAACAUUUACAGACCAAACUCAGUUAGCUGUGGAGAUGCACAAUUUCCUCACUAGUGUAUAUCAUGAAGGGGAUGUAAGGUCUGUUUUGAUAAGAGCAAUUCAAGCCUUGCAUUAUACUCGACGUGGCAUCGACAUUGUCUCCAAGACUCCCGUACAAACUCAUUUUGGUCGACCGAAUUGGAUAAACAUCUUCUCAAGUUUAGCUCGGAGGCACGCAAGAGAAAGAAUCGGAGUUUUCUAUUGUGGUCCUUUGGCUUUGGCAAGAGAACUAGAGGGAUUAUGCACCAAAUUCUCCACCAAAACCUCAACUAGAUUUGUAUUCCACAAGGAAAACUAUUAGAUCAAACAUUGCUUUUCAACUAUACAAAAUUGCAUCUUUUUUUUUUUUUGUAAAUCACACAACAACCCAUUACAAACUAAAGAAUAAUAUAAUUUAAAGUUUGUUCAAAUUUAGUUCA